AUCUCUCUCUCUUAUUUGAUCUGACACUAAAUUCACUCCUCGAAAACGCCAUCCUUUCUCUCUCCUCCCUUUCUUCCUCCUUCUGCUUCUUUUCAUUAUUUCUUGUUGAAGUUAUCCCCCUCCCCUUCCUUCUCCUGCUGUCUCUCUCUCUUUUCUCUGCACAAAUUUGGAGUCUAGUAUCCAUUUGGUACAACAAACCCUAAACAAAACAGCAAAAAGAAGAAGGGAUUAUUCCCUUUCCUAGGGUUCUAUUCUUUUAGGGUUUUCUUUCAUUUCUUGGCUUAUUCUGUGUUGUUGUUACAAAUCUGAUGAUGCUGCUGAUAUAAAGGUACAAGCUUUUCAUGAUGCUCAUGGUAUAAUUCUGGAAAACCCCCAAAAUACCAAUUUAGGUUUUGAAAAAAAAAAAAAGUUUAGAACUUUGUGCACAGAAAUGUAUUGUAGUUAAAACCCAGUGUUAGAUCAGAAGGGAAAUGAAAUACACCAGCUAGAAAGAAAAAGAGUUUGUUUUUCUUCUAGGGUUUGUGUUUUUAUUCAGUGGGUUCUUUUUUAUUUUUGUUUGAGGGUUUUGAUUAUUAGGUUUUGAAGAUGUUGGAGGGACCUAAAUUUACUGGAAUUAUAGCACCUAAUGCUAAUAAUGCAAACAAUGAAAACAAUUUCUAUAAUUUCACACAAGGGUUUUAUCAGAAGCUUGGGGAAGGUUCAAACAUGUCUAUUGAUAGUAUUGGGAGUUUACAAACUAGUAAUGGUGGAGGAUCUGUUUCAAUGUCUGUAGAUAACAGUAGUGUUGGAUCAAAUGAUUCACACACUCAUAUUUUAAACCAUCCAGGUCUUAAGAAUGUCAAUAAUAAUUACUCUGUGGGUCAUAGUGUUCUCCGUCCUGGUAGGGUUUCUCAUGCAUUGAGUGAUGAUGCAUUAGCUCAAGCUUUAUUCGAUAGUAGAUACCCAACUGAAGGUCUUGAGAAUUAUGAUGAAUGGACUAUCGAUUUGAGGAAGCUUAACAUGGGUACUGCUUUCGCACAAGGGGCUUUCGGGAAACUGUAUAAAGGAACAUACAAUGGUGAGGACGUCGCAAUUAAGAUAUUGGAAAGGCCAGAGAAUAGUGCGGAAAGGGCACAGUUAAUGGAACAGCAGUUCCAGCAAGAAGUUAUGAUGCUUGCUACUUUGAGACAUCCCAAUAUUGUUCGCUUCAUUGGAGGAUGUCGUAAACCCUUGGUGUGGUGUAUCAUAACGGAGUAUGCAAAGGGAGGUUCAGUUCGGCAGUUCCUCAUGAGGCGGCAGAAUCGUUCUGUGCCAUUGAAGUUAGCUGUGAAGCAAGCGUUGGACGUCGCAAGAGGGAUGGCUUACGUGCAUGGACUUGGAUUCAUUCAUAGAGAUCUUAAGUCGGACAAUCUCUUAAUCUCUGCCGACAAAUCAAUCAAAAUUGCAGAUUUUGGUGUGGCAAGGAUCGAGGUUCAAACUGAGGGGAUGACGCCAGAGACGGGAACGUAUCGUUGGAUGGCUCCAGAGAUGAUCCAGCACAGGCCGUACACUCAGAAAGUUGACGUUUACAGCUUUGGAAUAGUUCUGUGGGAGCUGAUCACAGGGAUGCUACCAUUCCAGAACAUGUCAGCAGUCCAGGCUGCAUUUGCUGUGGUGAAUAAAAAUGUGAGGCCUAUAGUUCCAAAUGACUGCCUGCCGGUGCUCAGUGAGAUCAUGACUCGCUGCUGGGAUGCCAACCCCGAGGUCCGUCCUCCCUUCACUGAAGUCGUGAGGAUGCUCGAAUAUGCAGAGACUGAAAUACUGACAACUGUUAGGAAGGCUCGCUUUAGGUGUUGCAUUACCCAACCAAUGACAACGGACUGAGCAACAUUCUCCAACCACAAGCUCAUGAGGAAAAAUAGAAGAGCAGAAGUGAUUUAUGUGUUUAAGCCAGGCAGGUGUAUGUAUUAGCAUUUCUCUUUUUUUUCUUUUUCUUUUUUUUUCUUCUUGCGAACUUACUUCCAGAGGGUAAAGAAAAGGGUACCAUAGAGUCUUGACUGCUGGUUUCUCAGUCUCCAUUUUACUUUCAUCCAUCGAGGAGAUUUGAAGUUGUGUAUCCAAUGAACCCCCUGAAGUGUCAUAUAUGUCUGUUGUGUUUCUUUCAGUAUACUGUUCUGUUCUUUCUUUGAGAAAGCAGGUUUUCUUUGUCUAUUUCCUUUUUUCUUUUUGCGUCGUUUCGAUUUAGGAGAUCUGAAAUAUGUUAAAGUGGGGCUGAUGAUAAUGACCCCCAAUGUGUGUAUUCCUACCCUUUCUGACCCUUCUGAAUGAAUGUAAUGUGUGUUCUGGAUUGCCAGAGCUGUGAGUCUGACAUUCUUUGGUAUACAGCUUUGGUCUCAAUUCAAAAAAAUAUAGAAGCAUGGUUUUCUUUUUA